AUGGUAACAGAGCUGCGUGACCUGAAGAAGCAGGAGCGAAACAUUCGGAAGACCUUCGAUGCCAUUCAACAGUUUUUGGUCAAUUUUGACGAGGGAAGGCAUGCAGAUCAGCUAGUAGUUCGUCUACAGCGGUUGGAAGUUGCAUUCGGAAAGUUUCACGUGGUUCGACGAAAGAUAGAAUUAUUGACAGACGACGUCACGGAUUUAGCAGAUACGAAGGAAUCAGAUGAAGAACGAAACGAACGACUGGAAUCGUUAGCUCAUGCUAGAGACGAUGAGAAUACACAGAUAAUUAUGAAGAUGGAAGACCAGUACUGUGUUCUGAAGAGUGCGCUUGCUCGCUGGAAGAAUGAUAUUUUCGGAGAUGCAACAGCUGCCCAUCACUCAAUAACUGCUGGUAUUUCCAGGGUAAAGCUACCGGAGAUUCACUUGCCGUCCUUCAGUGGCAACAUUAAGGAGUGGGUUACCUUUCGUGACACAUUCAGGAGCCUGAUUCACAACAACUUACAGUUGACUACCACGGAUAGAUUCACCUAUCUCAAGUCAUCGCUUACUGGAGAAGCCCUGCAGGAGAUUAAUUCGGUGGAUAUGUCAGCCGUGAACUACGAUGUUGCCUGGUGCAUGUUGGAAAAGCGUUACGAGAACACGAAGCUUAAAGUCAAGGCCCAUUUAGAGACUAUGAAGAAAGAGAGCUAUGAUGCACUGAACAAACUAAUUGGACAUUUUGAGAAAAAUCUUCUGAUGCUGGACAAGGUGGGAGAAAACACGUCCAGUUGGAGUACCAUACUGGUCUAUAUGAUCUGCCUCGGAUGCCUGUACGUUGCGCCAUUGGGAGACACAUCAUAA